GCUUACGGAAGUAAAUUUGCAGAAAAUACAUAAAUAGGCAAAUUUGACUACGAAGGAAAAAAAACAUAUGGCGGGAUUCAUAGAAGUGCAAUAAGCCAUACAGCAAAGCAAAACGAAAUGAUGCGCUAAACAGGAACUUCUUGCUGUAGGCCACUUGAAGUUUCCCAUAUUCAAAAACCAAAAUCUAUGGGCAUGGUUGCAGAGCUUGAGCGCAGGCAGUCGGCAAUGGAGCUGCACGUUAUAAAUUCAAUCCAACAAUCCCUCGACAAUAACCAACCCCUCUCUUUCCAAGCUCUAGCUUCCCUCAGAUCCCUCAUUAUCAACCCUGCCGCCCCCGAUUCCACACUCUCCUCAGUUCUCGACGCCCUAACUCGCUCUCUCCAACUCAAUCGCGACCCCGUCUUCCUACAUCACGCUGUUAAGCUCCUCAGCGACCUCGCCUCUCACCGCCCCCACCUAUCCCCUUUCGCACUCGACUUGCUCCGUUCCGACUCACUCUUCUCCUCCGCUUCGCCUCGUCUUGUUGGUGAGUCACUCUCUGUACUUCUUUCUCUCGCUUCCAUCGGAAACGACAUGGACGCCGCUCGUUUCGUCUCUCUCUGCCUUGGCCCUUCGGUUUCUGUGCGACAAUGCUUAUUGAGAAAUGCUGAGAAGCUUGUCUUUAGGGAAUCGGUGUUGUUAGCCGUUUUUUUAGGGUUUACAAGGGAUCCGUAUCCUUAUGUGAGGAAAGAAGCUUUGGAUGGAUUGGUGAAACUGUGUAAGAAUGGUGAUUUUGAUGAUCGUGAUGUUAUCGAGGGAUGCUACUGCCGUGCUGUUGAGCUGCUCCGUGACGCAGAGAACUAUGUUAGAUCUGCAGCAGUUCGCGCCGUAUGUGAAUGGGGUAGAUUGCUUGUUAUAUGCAGUGAAGACAUGAACAAGCAAGACUCAUCAGAUGCAGUGUUUAUCCAGCUUGGCUGUAUGGUAAGAGAUAUGAGUUUAGAUGUAAGGCUUGAAGCCUUUGAAGCUCUAGGGAAGAUAGGACUUGUAUCUGAAGAUAUCUUACUACAAACCUUGUCUAAGAAAGUCCUAGGAAUCAACAAAGAUAAAGCUUACAAACCAAUAGAAGGGCUUGACAUUUCAGUUUCUGCUGUUGCUGGAGCUUAUAUACAUGGACUUGAGGAUGAGUUCUCUGAGGUACGGAUGUCUGCCUGUUACUCUUUGCGUACGCUCACUGUCUUCUCUUUGCGAUUUGCUUGUGAAGCCUUAAACCUGAUGAUGGACAUGCUGAAUGAUGAUUCAACGGUUAUCAGACUGCAAGCUCUUGAUGCAAUACAUCACAUGGCAACCAGCGAUCAUCUAAAAGUUGAAAAAAUACACAUUCACAGGUUUCUGAGCGUACUUGUUGACAGCAGUUCUGUCAUAAGAUCCAUGACAAGGAAAAUACUCAAAUUAGCCAAGUUGCCACAAUUCGAGUUGUUUAAAUUGUGUAUUGAUGGCCUUCUUGGAAAUUUGGAGAUAUAUCCACAGGAUGAAGCUGAUGUGCUUUCUGCUCUGUUUCAUUUUGGGAGAAAUCAUGGGAAGUUCACAGUUCACAUUAUUGAGGAAGUUGCUCCAGAGAUGGAGCCAGCUUCUGGAGGCAAAUUGAGCUUUGAUAGUACAAGGGUAGCAGCAUUUCUUGUGCUAGCCAUCUCAGCUCCACUGUCACAUGAAAAGGAUGUUAGUGCUAUUCCACCUAGAAUAUUUUCUUAUGCAGUUACAUGGCUUGGGAGAAUCUCUUAUGGUUUAAGUGAUAUUAUGAACCAAGAAAAGCUUUUGGCUUAUUUAUCCGAGUGCAGUAGAUCCUCAACAAUUUCUCUUGCUGACUUCAAAAUAAAUGAGGCAUUGCUGACAGUAGAAGGUGAUGCCUCAAUUCCUCUCUGUUCUAAGGUUGAUAGUCCUGUCAGCAUGCCCUUCUGGAAAGAUAGUGGAGGGAUCUCUGAUUAUCAUCAGCAGGAAUUUUUGAGUUUAGGAAAGUCAGCUGCUCACGCAGAAUAUGAGUUGGGGGAGCAUUCUGAAUUAAGAAAGUAUGUGAACCUUAUCUUUAAAAAGGUCAAGGACUCUUGGUCAUUGGUUGAGUUAGGCUGCACUACUGAAGCAUGCAAGGGUAUAAGGGCCUGUAAAGAAGAAGUAGCAUCAUUUACCACGGAGUCCCCAGGAUCUUUCGGUGCUGUAGCAUUUACUCUGCAGUAUCUCCAAGUUAUAGAAAUGCUUGCUAAAGUUUGGGGGCACCUUAGGGCAACAAAAAUGCUUAAUCCUAAUGGAGUGGGAAAAUUAGAGCUUCUAUUUGCAAAAUUGGACAGGAGGCUAAGGGAAAUCAGUAAUAGGUUCAUUGGUUUGUCCAAAGGAGAGGAGUUGCAAAUAUUGGACCUGGUACUUGUGGCUUGUCUUUUGAGAUUGUCCAGAGUGGAGAUUUGCUGUUGCAAUGCCGCAAUGAAAUUAUUGUCGUCUACAGUUGCCCAUGUAGAAUAUCUCCACAAGGAGGGAUCUAUUGAACCGUCUAAUUUUGUAACUGAAGUUAAGAAAUCAUUGCAUGAUGUUGACUCUUCAAGCAGCAGUAGUAGCUGCCAGCCACUUCUCUUCAAGAAGUUACUUGACUCCUUUUCCCUUCAGCAGUUUGUGUUAUAUGGAACUCCCAGGAGCGUACAUGCAGAACUGGCAGUCCCCGGUAAUGAUUCUGAAAACCCUCUUCCUUUUAUUCCGGGAAUCCCUGCUUCUAUACCACUUGCAAUCACUUUGCACAACGUUUUGACUGAAAGUAGGUUGUGGGUGAGGAUAAGUAUGGGUGAGGAAUCAACUCAGUUUGUAUUUUUAGAUUUGAACCUAAUCAGAAAUAAAAGGAGAAGCAUUAAUGUGGUGAGGGAAUUCACAUUUGUGGCUCCCUUCUACCGAACCCCAAAAGCUGUUUCAUUUACGGUGAGGGCUUCUUUAGGUUUAGAAUGCUUUAGGGAGAAUGUUGAUCGAGUCAAAGUCUUUGGGGGUCCAAAAUGUGAACUAACAUAUCUUUGCCCAGAGAAAGAGAUUUUUCUAUGUAAGAGCACUGAAUGUAAAAGUAAAUCUGCUUUUACUUAAGAGUAUAAAGAUGCGAGAGCUGAUGGCUGGAAUAUUUCCUAAAGAAA